AGUACCGAUCAGUGACAUCAAUGUCUGAAAUGUUCGAGAUUAUAAAUUACGCGAGUACGUUAUAAAACUUAAGUGCGUGAUUGACGGAUCAUCAAAAACACGCUGUCGAAAGCGGCUGCACGUGACUGUUUCCUAUCACUACCAUUGGUCGAUCCAGGCGAUAGGCGACGAGCCGGUCGAUAAGCAUCCUCGCGAAUUCCUCGCCUGCCUCAAGAAUAGACGCCAUUGACCAUUGUCAACUCAGUUUGACCGAGUUUUGUCGUGCUAUUAUACGACUAUCUUUUCUUUCUUCCUCUUUUUUGUUUUUUUUUUUAACGAAUUUGACGAACGAGUGGAAUGUUGGACCCUGAAGUGGAAGCUGUAGUCGUCAAUCUGCGACGAGGUUCAAGUUGCAGAAUACCUUCGACCUCUUCUGUUGAAGAGAGUGAGCUAGGCUUGCGUCGCGGUGGUUCUCUGAAGAUCUCACGGACGAGCGACGAUCAUCACGCCGCGCAGGAACGCCUGACGAGCACGAGAUCGUCGCCGUCGUCGACGUUGUCCACGUCUUCUUCGACCGUGUUGACGGACAGAUGCGCCGGUGGCGGCGGAAACAAUAGAACGUUCCGGUCCGCCAGGCGAUACGUACCUGAAGCUGCGAGUGACGCACCUGCGCCAGAGUACCUCGCCAGAAGCCUCCUGCAACUUGGAUGUCCUGCUGUGUCGAUGCCCACACCUCGAGGCGGUGUCGGGUCGGAGCAACCGCCGAGCAGUGACAGCGAUGACUAUACCGCCCAUCACGAGCAAGGUGCAGGUUAUGGACAAAACCUGGACAGUUACACCCUGCCCAAAGUCAAGGUGUCGGGCCCAUCUAACGCCGAUGAAUCCGCUUCCAUCAUCAAUGGGUCUGCGGGGUCCAUAGGCGCGCGAUCGGCACCCAGCACGCCCUUACAAGCCGCUCCCGAAGCCGGGGGCCAACAAUCGAUCAGCGGGUCUCAACUCACCGUGGCCGGCGCUAGCUAUCCUCAGCCUCCGAGGAGCCCUAGUCACGCGGCCUUGAAAUGUAAUGACAGUCACCUUUCAAAGCCACUGAGUAGGAGUACUCCAUCGAUGGCAGCUGGCGGCGUGCAAACUCCAGCAAAGGUUAGCAGAACCUCUUCGAGGUCGUCGCCGACUACCAGCAGCGCGAGACAGAAGAAGUUCCACAGGCACUUCAGUCAGUCGUCGAAAUUUCGCUAUCAGGUGGCCGACGAUGAGCGUGUACUGAAUUACUACAGCUGCGCGCUGGUAGGCGACAUCCUGCUACAGGGUCACCUAUACAUCACGCCCAACUACUUCGCAUUCUACAGCAAUGUGUUUGGCUACGUGACGAAGCUGCUGAUACCGACGGUGUCGGUGUUGAAGAUCAGCAAGGAGAAGACGGCGAAAAUCAUACCGAAUGCGGUGGCAGUGGCUACUGAAGAGGAACGCCACGUUUUCUGCUCACUGCUCUCACGCGAUUCUACCUACAAGCUGAUGAAGCAGGUUUGGGACGCGGCGAUGGAGCCGCAAACGACGGUAGACGCGUUGCCGGAGAUUGACACGGACACGAAGCGUCUCGCGCCAGACGACGUUGACGACGAUUCGAGUGUGUCCGAGAGUGGUACUGAUAUCACGCAACCGAACGUCUGCACCACCGAUCCCGACGGUGCUCCUGAGAUCCUCAAUAAGCCAAAUUUGGCACCCCCCAGACUGGAGACAGCAGUAUUAACAAAGACGCUGACACCGAGCAAAUCCGAUAGGCUAAGAUCUUUGUUUACCAAUGGAUUGAAACCUGGCAUGGUGAUAACGAUACUGGUAGCUCUCUUGGCAGUUCUUUACGUAUCGGCGGCUCUAAUGAUGAUGCGUAUUGACAGGCUGCAUACCGCUUAUUUAAACCAUCCCCUCGUCUCACCGGAACGUUUCACGCAAGACCGAUUGUUGCACUAUCUUAACACGAAUCUAGAUCAAAUAGUGAAGGUGCGGCAGAGUCUGCAGACGCUAUCGCAGCAGUUUGUAACGAUGAGCCGGGGUGGUAGCCAGACAGGAUCGGCCGGUGGCGUGGUGGAACCGGAAGAUGCGCCGAGUUAGCCCUCGACGAUAGGACUCAAUUUAAUUCAGCCAAAAAACGACACGAAGCCCCGUCGCCCUACUGGCGCACGUAGCAUUACCUCGUGAACGGCGACGCUGUCGCUUAUCGUUGUCAUUGUCUUCGUCGUUGCUGCGCUACUCGUUGAUGAUCGCGAGGAUCGUUUCUAUGCAUAGAUCAUCGCGCGAUCGUCCCUCCGAAUAGGAGUUAUUGUCGUUUUAGUAUCUAGACUUCCGUGGGAGUUUAGAGAGGCAGCUGUCUCGUAAAACGAGAGCUCUCGGGCUCAUCUCGAGCGCGUAUCUUUCUCGAGCGAACUUCAAAGCAAACCUCGAGCGCCCGCGUAAGCCGUAUUUGCGGAUAUUAUACGUUGUUUUAACGGAAACAUACACAUAUGGAUAAAUAUACCUCAGACACAUAUAUAAACAAUAUAUGCAUACGAAGAAAGCGAAGAUACGAAGGUAAGUGAAUGGCGAGUGAAAGGGUUUUUGCUUUCUUUUUUCUUUUUAAGCUAGUCACGCGUGUACCUAAGCCCUGGGGUACGACAAAAGAAAUAGAAUGAACAAAAAAUGGUAUAUGUACAUAUACAUAUAGUAUAUAUCUACAGUUAUAUACAUAUAAAGUAUCUAUACAUACAGAUAUAGAUUAACAAUGCAUAUUUCGCGCGAUUACUUGUUCGUUGAUUAUGUAUUUCGAGCUAGUCGGGCACAGCUCUGUCA